GCUGAUUCACAGACGGUACCGGACGGACGGUCGGAACCAGCAGCCAUGAGUUGUUCAAUCAAAUUCUGGACCUUGGUGGUGAACGUGCUGUGCUUGCCUCUCCAUGUGGUGCGCGCGCUCGGCUUAUACAAACUGUACAAACGCGUCACUCCGUUUUUCUUCCAGCGCAUGACGGUUAAGUACAACGCGAAAAUGCACGAGCGUAAGAUGGAGCUGUUCCGCGGUCUGUCUGGUUUCAAGAAGCCCGGCGGCGGCCCGCUAACCAUUCUAGAGAUCGGCUGCGGCACCGGCGCCAAUUUCAAGUAUUACCCGCCAGGCGCUAAGGUGAUCUGCACCGACCCGAACCCGCACUUUCAGAACUACCUGACAGAAAACAUGAAGAAGAGCGAGCACCUGAAGUACGAGAGGUUCGUGGUGGCCGCGGGGGAGGACAUGUCCUCCGUGGGGGAUGAGUCUGUGGAUGUGGUGGUCUGCACCCUGGUGCUCUGCAGCGUCACGGACGUCCCGCAAACCCUGAGAGAGGCGCACCGCAUCCUCAGACCAGGUGGAGCCUUCUUCUUCUUGGAGCACGUGGUUGCAGACCCCUCGACGUGGUCGUACUUCUUCCAGCACGUCUUUCAGCCCGCCUGGUACUACAUCGGUGACGGAUGUGUUGUCACCCGAGCAACGUGGAAGCACCUGGAGGAAGCUGGAUUUUCGGACCUCCAACUGGAACACGUCGAAGCGCCGCUCAUCUUUGUUCUCAAACCACACAUUUUAGGCCGUGCGGUGAAGUAGAUGAAGUCUCAUCAGAUUUAUGACGAGCUCUAAUCACCAUCAGUGCAUACAAUGAUCGCCAGCGUUAGAGACGAGAGCUGUGGCUUCAGUCCUGAUCUUAAUUUUUGUAUUGCAACAAACUUCUUCAGUCUUUUGGGAGAUUUUGGAAAGAAUGUGCUGUAUUUAUGUAGAGAGCACAAUACUACUUUUUAUCCUUAUUUUUGUAUUCCCUCAUCCUGCUUGCUGACAUAUUUGUAAAACCUAACACGAGAGAUCAUCUGUGAACCAGUUUUACACGUGGAAUUCUGUCUUCUGUUCAGUGCCCUGAGAAGACUUCUGUUGUGACUUGGCGCUAUAUAAAUAAACUGAACUGUCCUAUUUUUACUCUGAUUAAAAA